UUGACUUUGCUCGGCUUCUGUACCUUUACCAGGAAGUAAUGAUUUCAUUGAAUGGUCAAUGUUGACGUUAGAGUGUGUGUAGUUUUACAUCUAUUUAUUUCAAUAUGCGUACCAGAACCGGAGCUCAAGCACCGAUCAAUGAUGGGCCAGAGAGAAAGGAUCUAGAUCACAACCAAGCUACGGCUGAAGGCAGAUUGUUGAACAGUUCUACACUCCUGAAUAUAGCUAAGUGUUUAAUUUUAAUCAUCAUCAUCCCUCCAUUCCUCAACUAUGCAUCGCUGCAGAGAGAGGGACAGAUGCUCUUGCCAAAAGAUGGCCAGAUUGUUGAUAUUGGUUUGGGUCAAAAGAUGCAUCUUUUGUGUAAAGGAAAAGGAAAACCAGUUGUCAUACUGGAUGCACCAACGGGAAUGUCCUCAGAUGUUUGGUUGCAUGUCCAAGAAAGUGUUGCAGCAAUAACAAAGGUCUGUACCUAUGACAGAACAGGACUGGGCUUUAGCAAGCGGCUGAUGCAGAACGAAACUUCAGGAACAGAGAAAUUUUGGGGGAUGUCAACAACUGGACGGAUGGUAGAUGAUCUGUACCGACUUCUGCAGACUGCUGAGAUAGCCAAGCCCUUCAUCUUGGUGGGCUCUGAGCUUGGCGCACUCAAUAGCAGAUUUUACAGCCACAUUUAUGACGUGCAAGUGUCAGACCUGGUGCUGAUUGAUCCCAUCCCAGAAGAGCUUUUUGAGGAGGACGAGUGGAAAGAUUACUGGUAUGGUAAGCUGUUGCCAUCACUCCAAGUCAGGCAGUUUUCGGCAGCUACAGGGUUGAGUCGUAUGCUGAUUAUCCUUGGGGCUAUCGAACCAACUAUUAAAGGAGGCGAAAAUGUCUCUGAGGAGUUCAUGCAGCGCCAGAAAUAUCUACUAAGCAACCCUGCACACCAGAGCAGUGCUGUGGAUGAACAUUACUUUUUGAAUGAAAGUGCAGCACAAGUAAGGGAUAUCUCAAAGUUUAAGCCCCUCACCAGCCGAAUACCUGUGAGUGUUAUCACUGGGGAUUCCUUUGACCAGCAGAUACCAGAACAACUCAACCAGAUGGUUGCUGAGCUUCAAAAGAAGUUUCUCGAAGAGACCUGUCCAUCAGCCAAUCACAUUCACAUAAAAGGAGCAGACCGCCGAAUGAUCUACAAAAAGCCAUCUGUAAUCAGCCAGCACCUGAGGAAGCUUGUCAACCAACGGCAAGGCCAACAGCAGAGGGAGUGACCCACGGCCGGCAUAUAACAGAAUCCAAAACAUAGACAGACUAUUGGUUCCAUUAGUUAAUACUCUUUAAAUAUUAAUGGUAUCUUUUUGAUAAUGUUUUUGCAAAGUUCAUUUGAAGAUUUUGUAGCUGGAAAUAAAUGCAUGCCAAUUAGUUUGAUUAAAUAUUUGCCAACUUAAGUAAUAACAAAAAUCUUGAAUAAUACAAUAUUCAUUAUUAAGCUAAAGACCACAGCAGUCAUUGCUCAAUGACUACUAAGAUUACCAGUCAGUUCUGUAUGUUCUGGCCAAAAGAAAGUUGCAUCAAGUUCCCCUUUCUCUGUGUCAGUUUUCAGCUUUAGUCUUGGUCUUUUGUGACUACGACUGUGGGAUAAAUCACAACCACUCUGGACCUCUUAUGGGUUCUUGGUUGAUUAUUUUGUAUAUGAACUUCAAACAGAAGUGUAGCAGCAAACCAUUUUGUAAAUUCUUGUUGUACUGAAUCUGUUUUUAACUGUUUUGACUGUUCUUAUUUUUGUGGCAAACAUUGUGUUGAUGAGUAUAUGCAGUAUAAAAGAAAGACCUCACAGCAUUAGUUUAUCCUGAGGAUUUAAGUUUAAUUAUGACACCACAUCAAAAUAAAAAUUUCCAACAGA